AUGUUCUUUUGCGUUUUAUUUAUAAGUACAUCAAAUAUUCCCAGCUCUGAUUUAAAUUACCUAAAUAACCAAUUUUACAGGAACUUAUAUAAUGCUGCUAACACAACAGAGAAUACACUGCAAAAUAGAAUAUUUAAAAACUUAUUAUGUAAUGACAAGAUGAAAACAGAAUAUCAAGCAGACUCUAAACGUAAUCAAAGUACUAAUAAAUUCUGUUUAUACAGUGAUAGUAGAUAUGAAAAACAAGAGCAAAAUACUUAUAAAAAAAAUAAUUUUUUUAUAUUGCUUAAUAAAGAUAAAAAGGAGCCUUCUCAAAGCACAGAAUCCGCAAUUUCUUUUGAUCGGGAUUGUUUAACGAAGAUAAGUGCAAACCAAAUAUUUAAAAAUAAAGGCAAAGAUAUUCCCCAAUACUGCAAUGAUAUUUUAAGCGCUACAGACAUAACUAAAAAAAAAUUGUCUAUGACAAAGAAUAAUAAUUUUGCUACGCAAUCUAACAUGUUUUGUGAUUUAAGUUUACCUAAGCAAGCAAAUAGCAUAUUAACAAAUCAAGAAGAUGAAUCUUUGAGUAAACAAUUAAUACCAAGUUGUACUGAUAAGUUUAUAGGACCCAAUAACAAGAAACAUGACGACAUAGUUAUCGAAAAUGAUUUGUUUAAAGAUAUUGACAUUGAUAGAUACAUUAAUUGGGAGCCUAGUGAGUAUGAUGAUAAAAAAAUUAUUUUUCAACAGUUUGAUUUCGAACAUAAUAAUAAUAACAAGUCAGUUGAUUUCGAUUUAAUACAUUAUGCUUCGGACAACUAUGCUGGCGAACGUAAAAAAGAAUUUGGCGAAUAUAAUAAUAUUAAUAAUAAUAAAUUUUUUAAUAAUGACGAUUUGAAUCCAAAUGAUACAAAAGAACAAGAAAGAAGAAAUACAGAUUUUAAGCUAGAUAAAAAUACCUCUAAGAGCUUUUCACCCAAAUGUUCGAAUUCAGUGCUUUUUGAUAUUUUAAAUAAAAAUAAAAAAGAAUUACAAGCGCUUAAGGAUAAGUUUUUUGUUGAUAUAAAAAAACAAUCAAACAAAUGUCAAACUUAUCCCAACUUGACUGUAAAUUCUAAACAUCGUAAAAUUCGUGAAAAAAUAUCUAAUCAUCUUAAAUGGUUUAAUACUUUUGCAACUGUAACUUUUACACCUCUUAUGAGAGACAUUGAAACUCUUUAUUUGCCAGAAAAUACUAAAAAGCUACUUUGUGAAUGGGUUGAAUUUCUUAAAGAAGUUGCGCAGUUUAUUAAUAACUCUAAAAGCUAUGUUUAUGUACAAAAAUUCAAACAAUGUGAUUUUAUUGGAGAUUUAACAUUAAUUAUAAAUAUUAUCAAAAGAAUGAUUUUAAAAUUUAAAUUUGACGAAUUCAAAAAUUUAUUGCAGCAAAUUAUUCAAAAACGUAUAAAUCCUAUGUUUUUUGAUUCGAAAGUUGAACAAAUAUUAUCGCAGAUUUUGUGCAACAUGCAAAUGUUUAUAAAAAAAUUAAAACAUUAUAAUACAAAUAUUACGAAAUUGAAAGAGUUGAUAAGUAAAUUUUAG